UAAAAUUCGAAUUGAUUUGAAGUCAAAAUUGAAAUUAAUUGGGCAUAUGCAUUUGAUUCCUCGAACAGCUCAACAAUUCAAAAUGUCGAACCAUCCGCUCCUCCUCCUCCAGUAGCUGAAUCCUCCUUCCGAUGGCGACUUCUUCUCUCAAUUCCACGACCAAGCGAACUACACCACCGGCUAAAUCUUCCGAGAGUGGCGACGACUCCUCUUACUCCACACGGAGGUCUAUCCCCAGGAGGUACCGGAGUUUGAGCCGUUUCUCCCACCGCAUGCCGGAUCCAGACGCCGAAGUGACUCCAAUGAGAAAGGGGAAGUUCGUCAAUACCGUGAGAGGUUCUGGAUUCGCUGAAAUCAGCCUCGAUGACCUAGCCGUCGAGUUUUUCGAAUCGCUCUCCGGCGAGAGCGGGAUUAGCAGCGGAGAAAGAGGACGAUCUAGCUCGAAGAAAUCCGGCGGCGGAGAAGGAGAGUUGACACAUUCGCAGAGGCGUGGCCGGUCUGUAUCUAGGGCUGGUUCUGGUGGUAACGGUGGCUUACGGAGAUUGGAUGCGGAAACCGAAAGCUCGAGACGACGGAGGUCGUUGUCAAGGCAGCCGUCGGCGAGAGAAAUUACCAGUAAGAGUGGUGGAUUGAAUCCGGGAAGCAACAAUUCGAGCCGGCGACGGUCGGUGUCUAGACAACCGCGAGAGAGUGUGAAUUCCGGCGAGAACAGUGGUAAUUCAAUUAGGGGUAGAGCAAUUGGGGCAGAUCGUGAAAAGGAGAAUUCACGGCGGCGACGCUCGCUCUCUGUUGUCCGUCGCCGGAUUGACAAUCCCGAGAGUGAUGUAGAUCAAGUUCAGUAUUCAAACAAUUCAAGGGAUGUGAAGAGUUUCAUGGGUGGAAAGAGUCAAAGUAAUGGGUAUCAUAAAGCUGCUGCUUCAGAUCAUAGACAAGGUCUUAGGAGGUCUUUAAGCCAAAAUCCAAUCAAAUAUCAUGAUGGCUACUCUAGUCAAUCUUCUGCAGUUACAGAUGAUGAAGGAAAGGAGUCCAGAUCGAGCAAGCAUGAAACUGAGAGGAUAAUUCGAACAGUAUAUGCCCAAAAUAAGGCAACUCCAAAGAAAAGAGAAUCUUUGGGGAACUCUGAUUACGGUUCACAGCGGAAAUCUCAUGAUGAUCACCAUGCUGUCUCCACAUUUACGAAAAGUUAUGCAACAAAAUUGCAAGAGUCUGAGGAACGCAAGAGAGAUUUGCUAGCUGAGAUUAUGUUAGAGGAGCAACGUGGUAGAGAGCUCUCUAUGAACUUGAAAGAAUUACUCACUGAAAAUAGCUCCGAAGCUGACGAAAAGCCGUUGAGGAUGCGAAAGAGGAGUAAGGACAGGAGGUUGUCCAUGGGUUUGACAGAUGAAGCAGAGAAAUACAUCGACGAAUUCAUUUCAAACAUAGAAGACACAGACUUUUCAUCGUUCGAGGACGAGAGCGAGAGCAGUUCGAGUUUCGGGUUGAUAAAAUCGCAAAGCUCUCAAAGCGCCACUGUUCCGAAGAGUGUUCCUGUUGAAAUGGAUGGUGUUAUGCUUCCUUGGCUGCAAUGGGAGACUCCAGACGAGUCUUCUGCUGCAAUGGCAUGCCUUAACAAGUCGCCACACACGCCAAAUGCAAAACCUAACAUCUGGGAAUCUGAUCCAAGUCAGGACGCAUCGUGUGGGCAAGGGACAAGCGUUGGUCCGACAAGUAGCAGAGGAAGUUGGAGCCCAUAUGACUCAGCCACAAAGCCUGUGAAUCCAAUAAGAAGGCUAAAGAUAGAUGUGGGUGAGUAUCUGAAGCGACCUAACAGUGCGGAUGUUCUAAAGGAAACGUGGAAGCUAAGGCACAGAAUCAGUUCGGGAAGCCUUGUGUUAUCUAGCCGCUCAUUGAUCUAAGGGCUUCGUUACAGUAAAAGCAGUUGUAGGCUUCGUCCUUUGGACCACAAAGAGUCAAAGACAGGUAUCUGUAUAGUUUCACUUUAUGGUCUUACUCUUUGUUCAUGUGAGUCGUCCGACUAGUUUAAGCUCUUAACGGCAAAUAUGCACAGAUUUAUAUUACAAUAUCUUUGAAUGACAUGUCUAAUUAGCAUUUAUCUUUUUCUUUUUUACCUCUAAUUCAUUUAUUUAAUUUGAAAUUGUAUAAUACAUCCAAAAUACAUCAAUAACGAGCAAAUCCAAAU